AUGUGGCUACAAUCACUGAGCUGCCUUACGAGUAUAUCCGACCACUUACAGACGAAAUUAAAAUCAGAUGACAAUUCAGACGCGUAUCUAAAGCUGUGGAUAGAUUUGUUGAGGCAACUUAAAGAUCUCGGAUUGGACGAUAAGCAGGAAGUGCGAUUGGGUACGAUAUCGACAUUGUUCCAAUCUCUGGAUUUCUAUGGCCAUUCUCUCUCAUUGCAGAGCUGGGAGGAAAUCAUUUGGACCGUGAUUAUACCUCUGCUCGACAAGUCGCUGUCGUCUCAUUGGCAAGAGUCGCUCAUCUUAGCGCUGGAAUCUACUGCAAAUGUAUUUAAGAACUACUUGCAUUCAAAAAUUAAGCAUCUCGAUUCAUUCAAUAGAUUCUGGUCCAACUUAUCAGACAUCCUCACCGAGAUGUUCAAAACAGCGGAAUCCAAGUCAGUCAGCUUAGCUCUCAAGUCCUUCAUUACAAUACUGGAGGUAUCUGAGAAAGGUGAAGUUAGCAGGGACGUCUAUCAAGUCGGAUGGAGUACCUCUCAGACUUGUUUAAGUAUUAUCAAAUCAACCGAGGCAGUAUACGCGCAGGAAAGUCUUGAGUUAUUACUUAAGUUCAUCAAAUGCCUCUAUCAAUCUCAAGGCUCUUAUUGGGAUGAUGAUCGCUGCGUAGAAUACAUCAAGUCGAUCGACUUUGUCCUCAAAUACACAAACCACUCUAAAAUUAGAGCUGACUUUGAUAUUCUAACUCCCCUCCAGAAUCAGUCACUCAAGAAUUUGUCAACAGUAGAGAAACACAACGCGAGUAUUACGUCGAUCGUUCUCGAUACUAUGUCACGGUGGUCAAUGUUAGCAUAUAAUAAGGAAGCGGUGCAUAAUGCCAGGGUAUCGUUUGUGGCAUUAUCCAAGCAAACCAUGGCUAAAUUUGCACCAUUCGUCAAAGAGAAUUGCAUGCUUAAUCAGACAGUAAUUUCUAGUGGAUCUCUCAAUCACUCUAUCAAAGCACUCGGCACCCCGAUGUCCAUCAAAUACUUGUGUCCACCUGCUAGCAAACGUGAUGAUAGUACUUUAUGGGAAAUUGCACAGGAUCACUAUUGCAAUUAUGUGCAGGUCGUGCUGGACAUGUUGCAGCAGCAAAAGAAUAGCAUACGGGAUGAGGAUCACGCAAGUAUUCUCACAAGUAUGGUAAAUAUUAUGAGUGACAACUGUAAAGUUGAUAGGCGGCUGGCGAUGAAUGAAAAAAUCGAGCUUCAAGCACGCUGGGAAAGACACGAGGUGAAGCUGAUAAACAAUUUCAAGCAGACGCUUCUGCCGCAGCUAGGUGACAAACGCAUACCCCUAGCAUUAACAGAAGAACUGAUCGAAACGCUCUGCAAUGCAACAUACCCAUACCUCAAUCCUGAAGACUACAAUUAUGGUAGUUUGAUAGAGGAAAUUACAAGCCCAGUGGAGAGGCUAUCGUAUUAUAUAUUUGACGUUCUUUUUCAAAUCUCCCAAGAAAAACUAGGUCCAGCUGAUUUAGUGGGUGUCGUACAACGAUAUGUUGUUGCAAGAUGUAUCACAUCAUUCGAGCGCUACUGCUGCGAUAGAAAUAUGCGAGGUCCUUUUCCGCUAUCGAGGUGUAGACGAUACGAGAUAGUCUAUAUUUUGAACAGUGUGUACUCGCUGCUGCUUUCGCAGAAAUUGGACAAGACGUUGGUCUCACAGUUGAAACUCGCAAUGGCAAAGCUGUUGGCUGUGAUACACAACGAUCCUUUCAAUCCGCGCAUAAAUACACAGCCUUCCUCUAUUUUCAAUAUUGAAUCCAAGCAAUUAUCACACAACAUCCACCAGCUAGCAUUGAAUUGUUUAUCGAAUACAUAG